CACACCUCAGCCAUGUCGCCCGUCCCCGCACCACCCACGCAGGAGCGCCCCGCCACGCCGACGCAGACGCCCGCCGGCGCCGCAGCCGCGCCCGACGAGGCCACCGCCGCGGCGCCCAGCAUCGCAGAGGCCGCCACCGAGGCCGCGCACGCGACGCAGCAGGGCGACGCCGCUCAGCCGCAACGGCCGCCGGCCAGCGCCGCAGAGCUGCCGGCUGCGGCACUUGACCUGGCCGCACGGCUCUUCCAGAUGGCACGCACAAACGACGCGCAGCUGCUCGAUUACAUCCGCGCCGGCGUGCCGCCCAACAUGCUCAACAACCGCGGCGACUCGUUCCUCAUGCUCGCCGCGUACCACGGGCACACCGACCUCGUGGCGCCGCUGCUCGAGCUCGGCGCCGACGCCAACCAGCUCAACGGGCGCGGCCAGUCGUGUGUCGCCGGCGCCGUGUUCAAAGACUUUCCCGAGGUCGUGCGCGCCCUCAUCGCCGGCGGCGCCGACCCGCUCGCCGGGCAGCCCAACGCCGAGGAUACGGCACGCAUGUUCAACAAGCUCGACGGCGACGCCGGCUUUGCGGCGCUCUUUGCGCAGGCACCCGGCCGCGGUGCCGGCAGCACACCGGCGCCGGCGGCCGUCGAGGACCGCGAGGAGGCGCGGCGGGUGCCUGGCAGUGGGCCUGUCGGAGAGCAGCCGGCGCCUGCCAGCGGGUGAUGCGCUGGGUGCGUGGCCAGGCACGUAGCAAUACCAUCAGACGAGCUUCUCUGUGCGUCUGACGUCGCGCCCCGAGCCUGCGGGUGGCGAUGUUGGUGCGCCUAGCGGCGGCGCAAUGGAGGCGGCGUAGAGGCCCAUCGGGUCUUCGGCGCGCGGCUUGUGCGUUGGGAGGCCGAGCGAGCGU